UACUAAGUUAAAGAUGGCGGCGUCCUCAUCCACAGGACGCGUUUUGACUCUUUGCAAGCAGUUUCAAAACGUCUUUAGGAUAUCUUCUGGGAUAAACGCUCAACGCUGUGCUGUUAGUUUGACCAAAUGCCAGAAUAAUCUUUUCAGGGAAAAAUCUCCACUCCUGGCUUCAUCUUGGAGCAGUCCUAUCAGCUUUGCAGGUCAGCAUCGAGCUCUGCACACAACCUUCAGCAGAAGAGGACUGGAGGAGUUCUUUGACCUCCCUGAGAACUGGGGGGAGGAAAAAGUGAAGUCAGGUGCACCAUGGACUGCCAAACAACUGAGAACAAAGAGCAGUGAGGACUUACACAAACUCUGGUAUGUGCUGCUGAAAGAGAAGAACAUGCUGCUCACACUUGAGCAGGAAUCGAGAAGGCAAAGGGUACAGAUGCCAAGUCCGGAGAGGCUAAAGAAGGUUGAGCGGUCGAUCACCAGACUGGAGACGGUGGUAAAAGAGAGAGAGAAUGCACUUCGUCUGCUGCAGACAGGUCAGGAGAAAGGCCGGCCAGGAGACUGGAGGAGGAACAUAUUUGGGAACGUCUACUGGUACCGCUACAAAGAGUAUGCUAUUCCUUGGUACAUGAAUAAAAGAUACAAGCGCAAGACGUUCUACACACCCUCAUUUGUCGCACCAUAUAUAAGGCUGCGCAUAGAGAAGCACAUACGGGAAAAGUAUAGGAAAGGAAGCUUGGAGAAAAAAAGGCUGGCCAAAUUAAAGAAGAGGUUUCCUCAUAUCAAAGUUUCUGCAUCAUGAAAUUUCAUGCAUUUAUAUUGUUAACAGGUUUGUAUGUGCCCUGCAGUCUGAAACAGCUUGUUAACUGAAGAUGUUGUUGAAACUGUUGUCUAUGUAGUGUAUUUGUCCACCUGUUACUCACUCCUACAAGAUAAAAUUAUGCUACAUCACCUUGAA